CCUCAUCAGCAUGUGGCUCUAGACGAGGGCCAUGUGGUAAAAGGGAUCUUGUAGACUUGGAAUUAGACCGAGGAAGGCGAGUCAGUGUUUUGCUUAAUCUCUUCUCCCAGUCCACUUUUAUCCGAGGGAAUUACUAAAUUCUGACUCGAGGCGUUAUCAAAACUGUGCAAUCAUGUACUGUGCGUACCCAGUACCUGGGGUUGGGAAUAAUUCCUUGAUGUAUCUCUGUAAUGGCAAAACUGUGUAUGCCCAGACACAGAAUUCCGAUGAGUACAGGGAGAAUUCCAGUUUUCCAUCCCCCAAGGCACCCGGCAGCAUCUUCUCCAGCUCCUUUCUAUUGCCAGAUGGGCAACAUAACACAUCAGAACUGUGGACUCCGUCCGGUGGGAUCAGCCAGGCCAACUACGGGGCAGUUCCAGCUGGGGCCACGCCCCACAUGAGCCAGGCGAAUGGCUACAGCAACCUUCACCCUCACGAGCGUCUGCCCUACUCUCCCGCAGAGGUGAACGCUACCCUUCCUCCCGUGGCCAGCUUCCACCGCAGCAGCACCAGCUCAUCCCCGUUUGCCACAUCCUCGCACACGCCGUCCUUAAGCAGUUCGGAAAGCCUGAUGGGGAGCAGGGGGACCGCAGCUGGCAGCUCGCAGACUGGCGACGCUCUGGGCAAGGCCCUGGCAUCGAUUUAUUCACCGGAUCACACCAGUAACAGCUACACAUCGAAUCCAUCCACACCUGUGGGCUCCCCACCAUCUAUAACAGGUUCCGCUCAGUGGCCCAGACCUGGAGGGCAGGCAGCUGCUUCCCCAAGCUAUGAGAAUACCCUGCACUCACUGAAAAACCCAGCCGAGCGGCAGCUUAAGGAGCACUUACAUGACGCAAUCUCUGUGUUAAUGGAUGUGUGCGAGCAAAGCCGAAUGGAAGAUCGACUGGACAGACUGGAUGAUGCCAUUCACAUCCUGCGCAACCAUGCUGUGGGGCCCUCGUCCAGCUUGCCCAGCAGUCAUGGAGACCUGCACGGCAUGCUCGGCCCCUCGGCACACAGUGGACUGGUCACAGCCUUGGGCUCAGGCUACGCUGCACCCAACCUGGGACCUACGGCUCGAGCAACAUCAAUGGCAACCACUCAUCGGGAUGACGCAACAAGUGUCCACUCUAGUUUGACAGGUCUGCCCACUGUGGUCUCUGCAGCCUUAGCAGCAGCCGGACUCAACCACCAGGCUCAGGAUGUGUGCCGAGCUGCUUUCACGUCAGGAUCGCAGGCACUCUCUUCCACCAUCUCCACGGAGACCAAAGGAGAUGAGAAGGAGAAGGAGAACAGCUUGAGCUCCCAGCUGGAAGAUGACUUGUCUGAGGAUGACGAUGGCGAGGAUCACAGGAAAGACAAAUCAGGACGCAGCCGAUCAAGCAAUCACGAGGACGAUGACUUGAAUCCAGAGCAGAAGGCUGAGCGAGAGAAGGACCGGCGGAUGGCAAACAACGCCCGUGAGCGCCUCCGUGUACGGGACAUCAAUGAGGCGUUUAAGGAACUGGGUAGGAUGUGUCAGCUUCACAUGAAGAAUGAUAAACCACAGACAAAACUUCUGAUCCUCCACCAGGCUGUCUCUGUCAUUCUGGGGCUGGAGCAACAAGUCAGAGAACGGAAUCUUAACCCCAAAGCUGCUUGCCUUAAGAGAAGAGAAGAGGAGAAGAUUUCUAAUGUCGAAUCCACGUCUGCACAUAUGGUAGUUCAUCAGGGGCUUGGUGACACUACGAACCCCAUGGGUCAUAUGUGAAGCAGGGCAGAAAUUACAAGUGGUCUUCAUGAAUUUAAAGGAGGAAUUUGGGCCCCCUCCAUUUUGACUGGAUUUUGCAUAAGAUUCUGUUGCAACAAGACACCAAUCUUCUGAGCAAGGAACAUCCCAGAUUCAGUUUUAUGAAUGCCAGAGGAAUGCAAAGCAGAACUCUAGGGAUACUGUUUCCAUCUAUCCCACAACUGCCCUUGUUACCUUUCCAUUUAAUGUGCCUGGAGUUGGAUUCAUCAACUGAAGAGUUUCUUUUUUUAAUUGUCUUUUAAAUUGUAUCAUCCUUUUCUUUGAGAAAUAUUUUCUUUCAAGGUCGUCUUAAACCAGGGGUUCAAAAAGAUUUCUCUUGUUAGCACUUGAUUAAUAUCCAGAGUUGGAGAUGUAGAUGGUGAGGGGAAGAGGAAGAAGUACCUGACCUUAGUUCAAAAUAAGCCAGAAGGGGAAGAAGAAUAUUCUUGGGGAUGAAUGGUGACUGGGGUGUUGUAAACUUCCAAUGUGGUUCAUCACUGCUGAUAUUGUAUUCACCCGACCUCCAUUUGAUGCCAAUGAGGAUGGAGAAAGUGAUCAUUUGCAACCUUAGUCUCAGUGGAGGGUCAAGCAUUUCAGACAUGAUGAAGUAAAUCCCAAUUGAUUCCAAGUCAGUGGACGUCUUUUUAAAGAGGCUGUAUUAAUCAUACACCCAAUAUAAACACCCAAGUAGUCCUUUAACCCCCAUACCUGUAAUCCUAAUCCUGCCAACGUGUCCUUUAUUACGAGCCCUUAGGUUUCCUAUCGACUUCUUCCUGAAAGUUGGCUUAUUUGAUCACUAACUUCAGGAAUGCAUUCCACAGGCCUUUGUGCCUCUGUGUUCUAUCCUUGCUUUUAAUCUUAGGUUGUGCAGAGUUCCUGAGGCAUAAAGAUAUAUUAGUAUCUUUUUUUUAAAAACAUGAGAAGGAAAAUUGCAUUUUCUAAUCAUGAUACUUACUACUUUUAGUAAUAGUACUACUAAAUGUAAGUAGUACUUUUCUAAUAAGUACUACUUUCUUACUGCCUAUUAUGCCACUGGUGUUUAGGGCAGUGAUGAAGGUCCUUUAAGGAUUCUUCAUUGCUGUUUCCAUAACAAUUUUUCUUUUCCCCAGCCAGGGUUGUUAGCCCUGAGCUGAAACCCCCGAACCUGGAGGACUGGUAGACCAUACUUAGUCUGGCUUCUACCCUUUGACGUAUCUGGCAUGGGUGACCCUACCAAGAGCCAAAGCACAGGGACCUGAUUCCAGCCAACAAAACUCUCUGAGUCAUGGAGGCACACAAGCCAACAAAACCUGAUAAGGUUGUGGUCCUCUUGGAGGAGUGAUAGGAGAUAUUAAGAGGUUAAUUCUCUGGGUGGGAGGAAGUAACAUGAAUUCUGUAUGGGAUGAGUUUUAGAUUUUCUUUUCAAUGUGGCCAAGCUAUAGAAUUUCGUAACAAAAGAUGACAGAGACCAUUGAGACAUCAAAUGGCUUGCGUAAUCCAGUAUAUUCCAUUUCCUUGUUCUCUAGUCUUCAUCCAAGUGGAAAUUGCAAUGGGAUGCAGUAAGAAUGGGUUAUUCUGAUAGUGGUGGGGAGGGAGAAUCAUGUUUCUUUUAACAUUUGGAUUCUGAGUCUAACCUUUGAACCCUUAAUGCUGAGCAAUAAUAUUCUGACUGUUGUUUUGAUGGAUUUUAUUAUUAGCAAAGCUCAGUUACUUGAACCCCUGUUUAUACUUUGGAUUUCAACUUCCUUAGCUCUGUAUUAUGGUGUCCCUCUUUUUGUUUUCUUUCUGGGAAUGGAAUUGGAAUUUUAGAAUUUUUUUUAUGAUCAUGAUUAACAUAACAACAAUUGAAAUAGUAUGAAACUGUUUCAGAGAGGCUCCAUUUCGGAAAGCACUUGCAGAAUUGAGUAGAGCCAGAAUGAGACCAUUCAUCUUUUCGUGUCUAUUUGGUUUAUUUGAUAGAGCCAUCUAACUAUUUUUGCCCCCUACUCUUAUGCCCAUUCAUGUAUCAGUUCAAUUUUCCUUUGAAGGUUACAAUUACAUCUGCUUCUACCACCUUUUCAGUGAAUGGAUUCAAGCUCUGACAGAUUCCUCUUUUGCCUCUUCUUCGUUUGCCGAAGACCUUAAACUUAUAGAUCCUCCUGCCAGUGGAAGCAAAUAUUCUGUAAUAUCAAAAUACUUUACGAUUUUGAUAUCUUGACCUGAAUCUGUUCUGCCCUAAGGGGAGUUUCACCAUAUGAAGAUUAGACUUAUAAAGAUGCUGACUCUUACGGAGUUAUAUGUCAUCAGAUUUUUCCCUCCACUAAUUGGUUUUCCAAAUUAACUGAUGAAAUUGAAUAUCGAACCUCCCCUCACCUGUCCCAGAGCAGCACAGGCUCUUCGGCCCGCAAUGUUGUGCCUUUCUAUUAACCUACUCCAAGAUCAAUCUAACCCUUCCCUCCCCCAUAGCCAUCCUUUUUUCCAUCCAUGUGCCUAUCUAAGAGUCCCUUAAAUGUCCCUAAUGCCUCUACUACCACCCCUGGCAGCACGUUCACUCGCCCACCACACUCCAUGGAAAAAAACAUAUCUCUGACAUCCCCCAAUACUUUCCUCCAAUCACCUUAAAAUUAUCUACCAUGGUAUUAUCCAUUUCCAUCAGAAAAAAAACUCUACUGUCCACUCAAUCUAUGCCUCUUAUCACCUUAUACACCUCUAUCAUGUCACCUCUCAUUCUCCUUCUCUCCAAAGAGAACAGCCCUAGCUUGCUCAACCUAUCCUCAUAAGACAUGCUUUCCAAUCCAGGCUGCAUCCCGGUAAAUCUCCUCUGGAUCCUCUCUAAAGGUUCCACAUCCUAUUUGUAAUGUGACAAGCAGAACUGAACACAGUAUGUCAAGUGUGGUCUAACCAGGGUUUUAUAUAGCUGCAACAUUAUCUCGCAGCUCUUGAACUCAAUCCCCCGACAAACGAAGGCCAACACACCAUAUUCCUUCUUAACCACCCUAUCAACUUGUGCGGCAACUUUACAGAUAAUGCAAUUAUUGAGUCCAUGUAAAUCCGGCAUUAUUUCAGAAUGAGGUGUCCUGGAUGAGUUUUUCCUUCCCUGUUGCAAUUGAUACCCUCCCAAAAAUGCCCUGUAGCCCUUCCUACUGUCCGGAAAGGUAAAAAAGAAUGGGAACAGAGGCACUUCCGAGAUCUCCCCUCUCACACACACACUCCCAAAUUGAACAGGUCUCAGACAUUCCUUCAAUUGCCCCCAGGUAAAAUCCUGGAGAGCAAAUUGACUUAUCCUCUGAAAUGGUAGUUUUUAAAAAUUGCAUUUAAAUUAAUCCCCCGUCAGAAGCUCUAGAUGCAAUAUAACAGUACAUUGUUCUCUGCCUCCUGUGUUUGUGAACUCAAUGGUGAAACAAUAUAUAAUGUGCUGAUAUACACAAAAUGCUGGAGGAACUCAGCAGGUUAGGCAGCAUAUGUGGAAAGGAAUAGAGUUGACGUUUCGGGCCAAUAUCCUUCACCUGCUGUGAUCCGCCAGCAUUUGUGUGUGUUACUUUGCAUUUCCAGCAUCUGCUGAAUCUCCUGUUUACGAUGCUAUAUAGCACAUGUUGGUGAGAACUGAGAAUAAAUUUUGAGCCUGCUGUCCAUAUUUAGUUGGCAAGUACAAAAUUCUCUUACUCUAGCCCUACUUGAUCAAGCAUUCUCAUGUGAAGUACUCCUGAGUCUUGGGAGAUCCCUUGCUGCUGGUUUUCAUGCCCAUCCAUUCCUUUAACAGCCCCAGGGAAUAGGGACACAUCUUUAUCUUAAUAGAGAUGAAAAGCUAAGGAAAAAGACAUUGAUUUUUUAGUGACUGAGCUUGGAACUAAAAUGACAAAGAGAUUUCUGUAGAUCUGAAGUCCAACAAAAACUGCUGGUGAUGCACAGCAGAGUGUUUGAAAAGGCAGGCUAAAUCGUUGGGCAAAAUCCUUUGUUCCAGUUACAGAACAGCAUCUUAAUGGAAUAAGAGAGGGUGGUUUUGCUCUGUCCUGUCAGGAGUGGUUUGCUGUUACUGCUUCACUAUAAAAUAUGGUCUGUACAUCUUCAACUUUUUAUUUUUGAAAUAUGAAUAGAAGAGGCCGUACAAGUGGCCAUAACAUCUCAGGAAACGUCUUAGGGUACAAGGCAAGGACCAUGAUAAUUCCCUGAAGAUGCGAGUCGUAAAGAACAGGUACAUGUGUAACUUACAAAGAAAACCAAAAUCCAACCUAUUUUUCACUAUUCCUAAGGUUUUAUACAAUAGUAAUCUUUCGUACAAAGAAGUUUGAAACUGCAAAAUAUUACUCUUCAUAGGUAUUCAAUAUUUACAAAGAAAAUCAAAAACAAAAGUUUGGAGCAAAAAUGUUUCUAAGUUUAUUUUACUAUAUUAUGUAGAAGGAUUGUAGUUUUUUUUUAGUGAAGCUGUUUAUUGAUGCUGUAUAAAGUGACAUGGUCACUUUAACAAAAUGAUAGGACUUUGCUGCAGUCCAACCUGUGUGGUGGUCACUCAUGAAAAAAGAAAUUUCUGUUAAAUUUUAUACCAGCCCUAUUUCAAUGUACUGGGGAGGUGCAUGCUGCUGUUGAGUGAAUUAUUGAUGUACAUAAACGUGUGGGCACUAAUAUUUUCCAGGUAUGGAAAAAUGGUUGUUAACAUUAGCACCUUGAGAAUUGUAGAGUAUAUUUGGUCGGCUUAAUAAAUUGCACCCCCACUUGUUGUUUUGGGAGGGUGGGACAAGGUGGUAAAGGGAUACUUUCCUUGUUACCAUAGAGUCUUAGUUACCACAGCAUAGAAACAGGCCUUUUGGCCCAUCUAGUCCAUGCUGAGCUGUUAUUCUGCCUAGUUCCAUCGACCUACACCUGGACUAUAGCUCUCCAUAGCCCUCCCAUGCAUGUAAUUAUCCAAAACCUCUCUUUAGUGCCGCAAUUGAACCCACAUCCACCACUUCAGAUGGCAGUUGGUUCCACACUCAAAUCAAAUCAAAUUUAAUUAUUGUUCAACCAGACACGGAUACAGCCAAAAGGAACAGCGUUCCUCUGGGGCCAAGGUGUAAAACAUACACAGCACAUUCAAAAUAGCCAAAAAAAAACACUUUGCCAUGCAAAAAAAAAGCACAUAGUUAGCCCAAGGCCCAGAGUUACACGUCCCGCAAAUUGAUGGUACAGUUCCAGGGAGUAUGCAUCAAAAAUUGACACAUGCAAUCCAGCCCGUUAUUCCACCCAUUGGACAUUGGGGGACAGCUCCUAACCAAACAAGGACGCCACCUCCAGCAUCUCCUCGCCUGACUGCAGCAGUGGCCAAGCUCGCCGUACUCGCACCAUACUCUGAGUGAAGGAGUCCCCACUCAGGUUCCUCUUAAACAUUUCACCUUUCACCCUUAACCUACUGCCUCUAGUUCUAACCUCACCAAACUCAGUAGAAAAAGCCUAUUUGCAUUUACCCUCUCUAUAUCUCCACCCCAUUCUCCUGUGCUCCAAUAUGAAAUAGGGUGGGUGUAAGUCAAGUGGAAAUUUUUUGCUUGGGAGGAAGCUAUUUGUAACUGUAAGUCUUAACUAUUAUGAUCUGGGCUUAUAAUAAGGGGAAAGUGGGUGUUAUAAGCUGAGAUUCAUAAAAGGGUGACCACACAACACAGGCUUCACUGUAUAUCCAAAGUAGUGCACGGUCUGAUAAUUGGAGAGGUCUAGUAAAGUUUGUCCACCUCUCCACUGUGGGUUAGUAACAGGCAAAAUGUGAUAGCACUGUGAUCACAUCUCGACACGGUCCGCCUGUAGUUUGGGAUUAACCUGUUUACCACAGAAAUUUUACUCAGUGAUCAUGAGUGUUCACUCAAGAAGGGAAAUGACUUUGAAAUAUUAGAAUCUGUUUCUUACAGUUUUAAGGAAAAUUUUGUAUUCUUUCAAUGGCA